UUACAAAAACAUUCAGUAGAAAAAUAGCGGGCAAUGAAACAGCUGUUUUUUUUGCGUGAUGAGACAUCUAGCGGAACGCGUUGAACAUAAUCUGAUGUGCAAUAGCAACAGCAACAGCAGCGAAUGAGUAAGAUGCAUGAUACGGAACCGAUCGCAUCUAUCGUACUUAGAAGAGUUAACUAAGAAACCAUGGCAGCUGGUUGUUGUGGAACGAAAAAGCAAAAGUUGAAUGAUUCUACAAGUAUACCACGUAAUAAUACUGUGAGUUUACAAAAUGGUAUCCGUAUACGGAACUCUAUAAUAGUUCAGCCUGAGAUGGGCUUUUAUUGUUUCGAUGUCCUUUACUGCCAACUGCACCAACUUGACCCACCAAAACCACCCAACUUCAGUAACGAAGCUUUCCCUUUAUUUGUAACAUGGACCACGGGUAAAGAUAUGAGAUUAAGGGGUUGUAUUGGUACAUUUAAUGCAAUGCAGUUGCAUGCUGGAUUAAGGGAAUAUGCUGCUACUAGUGCUUUCAAGGAUUCACGGUUUAAUCCCAUAACAUUAGAAGAACUUCCACGAUUACAUGUAAGUGUUUCUAUACUCCGACAUUUCGAAGAUGGAGCAGAUUAUCUAGACUGGAUAAUAGGAGUUCAUGGAAUUCGUAUAGAAUUUCGUAAUGAAAAAGGCAAUAAACGAACUGCUACAUAUUUGCCAGAUGUAGCAAUAGAGCAAGGAUGGAGCCAAAUUGAAACAAUAGACUCUUUGCUACAUAAAGGAGGCUAUAAAGGAUUAGUUACUCCUGAUAUUAGACGUAGUCUGAAGUUAACUCGAUACCAGAGUGAGAAAGUGACUGUGAGUUAUCAAGAUUAUUUGACACAUUGGCAAGGUCGAAGAUGCUAACAACUGCCCCGGGGUUCUCUCAAAGGACCCCCCAUUUAUCAUAUAUUAUCUGGCAACAUUUGUUAUCUAAAUACAGAUACAUUUAAUUGUUGUCUACAAUAUAUUAAUUAUCAAUGCAAUAAUAUAAUAGCCAGUCAACAAGCAUUCAUUAUAAUAGAAGUUAAUUAUUUUUCAUGUACACAAUUGUGUUCAAUAUCUAUUAAUUUUAUCUUAUCCUUACAUAAUCGUCUUUCAUUUCUAUAUAUGUAUGUAAAACUUUUUUAUUUAUCAUUAUAUCAUAAUCAUUAUCACAAAUGUCUUCCUGUAAAAGCUAUGGAAUAUAUAAAUAUAUAUAUAUAUAUAAUAUUUCCAAUGGUGCCUAUUAUGUAGUAUAUAUUUUGUUUCACACGUAUUCAUAACGUCAUCAUAAGAAAAUAUGUUUGUUAACAAAGAUAAUAGAAUCCUGAGUAUGAUGGCCUUAUUCUUUCUAAAUCAUUAUUUACAAAAUACUAAAUGUAAUAAAAAUAAUAUUACAUGUUCAAGCUAAAUAUAGUUGGAAAUCUUUUCCAGACUGUUCUACAUUUAAUAUAAAUAUAUUUUCAUUUAGCUCAUAUAAAAUAUUGUUUAUUUCAUUUUUUGUCCAUAAUAUGUCUCUUUUAUUGUGACAUUUCUUAAUUAAUAGAUGAAAAAUAAAUGUACUUAAUGUGUUUACUCUUGCCAUCAUACUAACAUGUGCAUUUAUGAUUGUAGUCCAAAAAAUUGUGAUAUUCAAACGAAAUUAAUAUAUUUCACUAUUAGUAAUAUACUUGAGAGAGUAAACAUGGAUGUGUGGUAUGUAUAAUUGUAAGCAUUAAUAGCUUUUUUUAAACAUUAAAUAUUAAAUAUUAAAUUAAAAAUAAGGAAUUGUUAAAUAUAAUACUGAAAAUUUUUUGGAAUUAAUAUUUUAUAUUACUUUUUUAUAUAGAAAUAUAUAUAAUAUCGUGUAAAUAUAAGUGUAUUUUUACUUAUACAGAUAUAAAUUUAUUCAAGCACAAAAAUCGUUCAUGUCUAUUGUUACAGAAAUUUGUUGUUUGAAUACUGAAAUAAAAUGUAAAGUUGUGCUCUAUAAUUAAUGAAACUAUAAUAUACUUUUUAUAAUACACAAAAUGUUAUAAUGUUCCAAAUAAAAUUUUAACAAAUAUCAUA